UGAAACCGUACACAAGCAGUACUGUGUAAAGCACGAACGCCAACGAUAUUGUGAUCAUCACGUACAUGAAGAGAUUGAGCUCUGGUUCACGGAAACGGGUUUUCUUCAACCACUCCAGCACCUCGAGUUCGGUGUCCAGACUUCCUGCGCAUAGCGUAAAACAUACACGACACGGUUGCAGUAAGACAAAAGAAAAUUCGAUUUGAUAAAUGAAUAACGGAAUAGCCAGUUGUGACAACAUAGUGGUUUUCACAUAGAUUUGAACCUGACAAGAUGUUUUCUCAUUCAAGAGUUAAAAUCGCUAUUAUUGGAGCCGGACCAGUUGGAUCGUUGUGUGCAUGUUUUAUGGCAGAAAAUGGGUAUGACGUUACUGUCUACGAAAGUCGAAAAGAUAUAAGACUUGAAAAAUCAACAUCAGGACGUUCUAUAAAUUUGGCUUUGUCAGAAAGAGGUAUUAACGCUCUACAAUUUAUCGGUCUCGAUAAUAUUGUUAUUGAAGAACUCACAGAACCUAUGUACGGUAGAAUGAUCCAUUCAAUUGAUGGCCAGAAAUAUAGCAUUAUGUAUGAUGUUAACAAAAACAAGUGUUUAUAUUCUGUUAGCAGAAAGGAACUCAAUGCAUUUUUAUUAACAAAACUUGAAAACUAUUCAAAUGUAAAAUUAAACUUUUCGCAUAAACUCGUCAAUGUUGAUUUUAAUUCUAAGCUACUAACAUUUCAAAAAUUAUUAGAAAACCAAUUAGAAACUGUAAAACCGGAUAUAAUUAUUGGAUGCGAUGGGGCUCACUCUGUUAUUCGUAAACAUAUGACUCGUCUGCCAAUGUUUAAUUAUUCGCAGACAUAUAUAGAUCAUGGUUAUUUUGAAAUAAACUUGCCAUCAACUGAAACAAAAGAUACUUUAACUCCGGGCCAUCUUCAUAUUUGGCCGAGAAAUACAUUUAUGUUGAUAGCACUACCAAAUAAAGAUAAAUCUUGGACUUGCACUUUGUUCAUGCCAAUGGAUAAAUUUCCAUUGAUAUUAGAAUCUGAAAAAGAAGAGAUUUUACGUUUUUUUAAUGAAUAUUUUAAGGAUUUUAUGGAUUUGAUUCAACCGGAAUAUUUAUUAAACCAAGUAACAAAUGGAGAAGCAAGAACUCUUAUUUCUAUUAAAUGUAACCCAUAUCACGUUAAUGAUAGUUUUCUGUUAAUGGGAGACGCUGCUCACGCUAUUGUACCUUUUUAUGGUCAAGGAAUGAACGCUGGUUUUGAAGAUUGCACAAUUUUGAAUCAACUUCUCGAAGAGUUCGACCAUGAUUUAAAAACUGUUAUUAAAACAUUUACAUCUAGAAGAAUUCAAGAUGCGGAAGCUAUUAGUGAUUUAGCAUUAUACAACUAUAUUGAAAUGCGUGAUUUAGUUGCUCGUAAAAGCUUUCUGUGGCGAAAAAAACUGGAUAACAUACUAAAUAAAUGGUUUCCUCAAACGUGGAUAUCGCUUCAUAGUGCAGUUUCUUUUACGACAAUUAGCUAUAAACAAUGUAAACUUGACAAUCAGUGGCAAGACCAAGUUUUAUUUAGAAUUUUUAUUCUAUUCGCAACAUUUUUCUCUAUCGCUUUGUAUUUUAUUUUUGCUGCAAUAAUGUCAAAAACAUUACAGUAAAACAAAGUGCACACAUACCUACGACAUAUCAACUAUAAUAAUUGAUUCAGAAUACGGCAUUAUGAACAAGAUUUAUUAUAUAUUACUCAAUAUACCCGUACAUUAUAAAAUAAUUUUAAAUUAUCGUUAAUGCACACAUGUACAUGUACAAGUUAAAUAAUUUAAGGAAACAAUUCUAAACAAUUCUAAAGGAAAUCGAUAUAAUUUUUGGUGGUCGUUUAUUAUCUUUAAAAUUGUAACGUCAAUGUAUACUAUGUUUUAAGA